AAGAACAAUUACGGGAGCAGGCCAUGAGGAGAAUGCGGGAAAAUCUUCCUAAAUCUCCUAGUCCUGAACCGGUCAGCGUACCAGUUCCGCCACCUCCAACACCGGAACCGGCUUCAGUCGCUGAAGAAGCUUUCAUACCUAUCACACAACCUUCACCAGAAUCUAAAAGAUCGGAGAAAGCCGCCCUGGAGGCAACUACUUCCCUGCCUGACGAUCCGAGUAAACUGAGUAUUCCUGGUAAGAAAGUGGCGCCCUCUCAUUCUGCUGAUACCUUGACCUCUCAAUCGAGUAACCCCAGCACUCCCACUAACCUCAGUACCACAGCCAGUACUGUUACACUGGUGGGUAGUCUUGGUAGCUCAGAUUCGCCGAAGCCAAGCCCAAGCAGGAAAACAGCACCUCAGCAACUGCCAGUGACGACACACUCAGAACCAAUGGCACCCAUCGCCUUGCCAGAUGAAACUCCGCCACAGACGCCUCCAUCUUCAGAAACUACGCCAGUCACUCCACCAACUCCACCUUUUACAGGUGUUCAGCCGCGAAUUCUCCCAGAAAAGCAGCAGCAAGAGCUUCAACAACAAGCAGCUGCUAUCCUACAAAGACAAAUGAAACAGCAACCGCAGAUGGCAGCAGCAGUUGCAGCGGCAGCCGCAACAGCAGCCGCAGCACCACCAAGUGGGCCUGCUGGUGCUGCGGCUGCUUUCGGGCCUGGUGGUACACCCAUACACCCUAGCCAGUCUGUGCCAAAUGUUAUGACAUAUCUAAAAGUGAGAGGAGCGGGAAGCAAACGCGGUAGCAGUGAUACGGAAGGCAGCACUAGCCAAUCGACCACACCACGCAGCAGCUUCCAAACAGAAUCCACGAUUCUCUCCACACCUCGAAGUAGCUUCCAAUACCCAGAUUCACCACAACACAGCAGUAAAGCUGGUGUCGUCGUCACUUCGUCCAGAGCGUCCACGAGGAGGUCGAGUACGGCCUCUGCAGCGGCAGCUUUUGCAGUUGCCACAGCAGGUUCCAGCAACCCUCCAGAGCCUUUAACAUCUCAACCGCAAUCCAGAGCAGGAAGCAGAUUACCUAGCGCAGUGGGUGCAGAUCUAAAGAUUCCUAAUGCCAAAGCCAAACGGGAAUCAAUGAUAACCACAGCAGCUACCAUGAGGGUCCUGAAUGUUCUACGACACUGGGUAUCCAAGCAUUCGCAGGACUUUGACAAUGACCCAAAAUUACUUCAGUUAACGACUGACUUCCUUGAAGAGCUUGUACAUAACAAUACUUUAUUGCCCGCCGAGACCAAAGCAGCGUCUCAACUACUACAGAUGAUCUCCAAACAGGAUCAAGAAAAACAGACUGUUGAUUUGGACCUUCUCCUAGCCACUCCUUUGACUGCAAGUAAAGAAAACGUCGAGACGUUAUCAGCACUUGAAAUUGCCGAAGGAAUGACUUAUUUGGACCACAAAAUAUUUAUAUCGAUACGAAGCGAAGAAUUCUUGGGACAAGCAUGGAUGAAGCCAGAAAAAGCAACCAAAGCUCCCAACAUUCUUCUGAUGACACGACGCUUUAAUGACGUGAGCCGUCUUGUGGUCUCAGAGAUAAUGCGGGCCACGAUGAUGUCAGCUCGCGUGACCAUCAUUGAGAAAUGGGCCGCAGUGGCCGACAUUUGCAGGUGCCUGCACAAUUUCAAUGGAGUGCUUCAAAUCUGCGCCGCCUUCAUGAACAGUUCUGUUUUCAGGCUAAAGAAGACGUGGGAAAAGGUUUCAAAAACAACAAAACAAAGCAUUGACAAGCUACAGGCCCUUGUAUCUGCUGACGGAAGAUUCAGAAAUAUGCGAGAUGCGCUUCACAGGUGUGAUCCACCAUGUAUACCAUAUCUCGGCAUGUACCUCACAGACCUUUCCUUUAUAGAAGAAGGAACACCGAAUUUCACAGAUGAGGGAUUGCUCAAUUUUUCUAAAAUGAGAAUGAUUGCUCACGUUAUCCGAGAAAUUCGGCAUUUCCAGCAAACUCCAUACAAAAUAGAAAUGAGUCCGAAGGUGACGAAUUAUCUGUUAGAUCCUAGCCGCCUAAUGCCAGAUGAAGAACUUUAUCAAUUGUCUCUGUGCUUGGAGCCAAGACUUUCUCGUUUAAGCACUAAGAUAACAACGCCUGGUAGUGGUUUCAUGGGGUUCUCUUCGUCGUCGUCAACUGCAACGGGUGGACAGGGAUCGUGAGCAAAAAACGCUUGCGAAAACUCACUCACUCUCAUCCUUCUUUCACGAAAAAACUCUCAACCUGCUUUAUCACACGUUCUAUAAUGGUAAUAAUCCCUUUGAACAGCCUUCAUGUGUCAACCUCGAAUAAUGUGUUAAUGCGGUAUUAAAGCGUUGCUGCAGUCAAUGCACCAAACCGACAAGCCUCGUCGGAUCCCAGA